GGCGGGACUGCAGGCGGGUGUGGCUGGCCUGGGGGUAGGGAUGUGAGUGUAUUGAGGGACAGUUCGAGAAGGAGACGCUCCAAGCGGUGGGCCGGAAGGUGCCCUCGGGGCGUCUUAUCCCGGUCGUUGGCCUCUGGAGGGACUGCACGAAGGCGCCGAGAGUGACCCGGCCGGAGGGAGCGAAGACAAAGAGGCCGGAACACCGCGCCCGCCGCUCCUUGAGCUGAGCCCCGUGCCCGCGAGCCCGCAGCACUCGGAGCCCCUGGCCAGCAUCCGAGCUCGUCCUCAGGAGACCCAUUACUACUGCCCCCUCGGACUCCCUCUCUCCACCAACUCAGUGCGACUCUCCCCAAGGCCACCCGGUCCUCGCUUCAGGAGCCAAAACGUAUUUCUCCCGAUGCGCGAGGUUUCCCGUCAGUAGCUCCCAAACCCUUGCUGAGCGGUUACUUUUACUGUGAGGGGAAAACAAAGACCCGACACUCAGUACUUGAUUUUUGUCUGGGAUGGGAACUGGUAGUUGUGGGAUCUGAGAGGGCGGGGCGGACGCUGAAGGCCUCUGGAAGGACUGCAGAGGUACUGGAGGUGAUCAGCUGUGACCCGCUGGAUGGAGGCUUUUUGUUGCCUUUCAGCAGAAUGGUGAUUUGCCUUUAGAUCUUCUCGAUCUCCUCUCUUAGGGUUCGAACUCACUGUGCGACAUUGGUCAGGGCCGUUAAGUGGGAUCAGAUUUGGGGGAGGUGGGAAAGGAACAGACUGCUUUCUAUCUUCUGCUGCUUCCUGGGGCUGCCCUGGAAGUCGCCCAGACAUGCAGCUUUUGAAAGAUCUUUCUCCUUCGUGCUCAGUUUAGGCUUGCUGCCCUGAAGAUGGCGCUACCUCAGAUGGCCACUUGGAGCACAUGGGAAGUCCGGCCAGCCCUGGCAAGACUUUAGACAUAUGAAUAUAUUCCUUCUGAUAGUGCCCUCUCUCUACUCCAGGAAGAAACUCUUAGAGAGACUGACUCACCUGCAGGUGAUUCUCCAAGGACAUGGGAAGAUAAGUGUGAGCCCUGGAACUUGGACCCUUAAGUGGAGGGAAACUGCUUUCUCCUGUGAAUGAUGGCCAAACCUACUUUGAGAGGCAGUGGCACUAACUCUGAGACCUUCCGACAGCGCUUCAGGAGAUUCCAUUACCAGGAGGUGGCUGGGCCCCGGGAGGCUUUCAGCCAACUCUGGGAACUUUGCUGUCGGUGGCUAAGGCCGGAGGUGCACACCAAGGAGCAGAUUGUAGAAUUGUUGGUUCUAGAGCAGUUCCUGACUGUCCUACCUGGGGAGAUCCAGAAUUGGGUACAGGAGCAAUGUCCAGAAAGUGGAGAGGAGGCAGUGACUCUGGUGGAAGAUUUAGAAAGAGAGCCUGGAAGACCCGCACAUUUGGUCACAGUCUCUGUGAAGGGGCAGGAAGUGCACUCGGAGAAGAUGACACCCCUGAAACCAUCACGAGAGUUAUUAAGUGUUCGGCAGGAGUCAGUGGAACCCCAGCCCAGGGAUGUACCCAAGAAAGAGAGGGCAAGAAGCCCAGACCUGGGACCACAGGAGCAGAUGAACCCAAAGGAGGAGCUCAGACCUUUUCAAAGGAGCGGAUUUCCAUUUCCUAAAUCCAGUGUGGUCUCCAAGUUGGAGCAAGGAGAGCCAUGGAUCCCAGGUCUGUUGGGCUCCAAGGAGAAAGAACCUCCAAGAAGAGGCAGCCACACAGGAGAUAGCCAAGUGUAUGCUGAUCUGUUGUUAUCCAAGAGAGAGAGAAGCAGCUGGGUGGAACAGGAUCACUGGGGCUUUGAGGAUGAGAAAGUGGCAGGUGUGCACUGGGGCUAUGAAGAGACCAGAACGCUCCUUGCAAUUCUCAGCCAGACUGAAUUUUAUGAGGCUCUCCGAAACUGUCAUCGAAACAGCCAAGUAUAUGGGGCUGUGGCUGAGCGGCUCCGGGAAUACGGCUUCCUCCGAACCCUGGAACAGUGUCGGACCAAGUUCAAAGGUCUCCAGAAGAGCUAUCGGAAAGUAAAGAGUGGCCACCCACGUGAGACUUGCCCCUUCUUUGAAGAGAUGGAAGCCCUAAUGCGUGCCCAGGUCAUUGCCCUGCCCAGUAAUGGCUUGGAAGAGGCAGCCUCUCACUCUGGCUUGGUGGGCAGUGAUGCUGAGACUAAGGAGCUAGGGCAAGGGGACUGGGAGCAUGAGGAGAGAGAAGAGGCUAUGGAUGAGGAGUCUGGCAGUGAUGAGAUGGAUGUGGAGGCCACCCACCAGGACCCUGACAACUCUGCUGCACCUGUCCUGUUCCGAAGCCCAAGUGGUGUACACUGGGGCUAUGAAGAGACCAAGACUUACCUUGCAAUUCUUAGUGAGACUCAGUUUUACGAAGCCCUCAGGAACUCUCACCGCAACAGCCAGUUGUAUGGAGCAGUUGCUGAGAGGUUAUGGGAAUAUGGCUUCCUUAGGACCCCAGAGCAGUGUCGGACCAAGUUUAAAAGCCUACAGACCAGCUAUAGGAAAGUCAAGAAUGGCCAAGCACCAGAGACCUGUCCUUUCUUUGAAGAGAUGGAUGCCUUGGUGAGUGCCCAGGUUGCCACCCCGCUCAGUGAUUGCCAGGAAGAGGAGACAGCUUCUUGCCCUAUUCAGGGGACCAGUGAGGCUGAAGCGGAGAAGCAGGCUGAGGAGGCAGAAGAGGAUAUAGAUGACGAUUCUGAUGAUGAUGAAGAGCAUACUGAGAUACCCCCAGGGGCUGUCAUAACUCACGCUCCAGUUUUAUUCCAGAGCCCCAGUGGUUUUGAGGCUGGAUUUGAAAAUGAAGAGAAUCCAAAACGGGAUAUUUCUGAGGAAAUACAACUGCACAGGACAUUACUUGCAAGGUCUGAAAGGAAAAUUCCCCAUCAUCUUAAUCAAGGUAAAAGUGAGAGUGAAUGUAGAUCAGAAAGACAGUGGGGAAGCACACCAGGGGAGAAAAGAGGAAAACUGACACUCCCAGAGAAGAGUUUAGGUAAAGUACUAAGUCAUCAGAGACCCUGCUUGGGAGACAGACCCUACAAAUAUCACAGCUAUGGCAAAAGCUUUGGUCCAAACUCCCAUCUCAUGCAUCAAAUAUCCCACCAGGUGGAAAAUUCAUAUAAAUGUGCAGACUGUGGGAAAAGCUUCAGUCGAAGUGCACGCCUUAUUAGACACCGGAGAAUCCACACUGGAGAGAAACCUUAUACAUGUCCUGACUGUGGGAAAAGUUUCCGUGACAGUUCAAAUUUCAUCACCCAUAGGAGAAUCCACACUGGAGAGAAACCUUAUCAAUGUGGAGAGUGUGGAAAACGCUUCAAUCAGAGUUCAAGCCUUAUAAUUCACCAGAGAACCCACACAGGAGAAAAACCUUAUCAAUGUGAAGAGUGUGGAAAAAGCUUCAAUAACAGUUCUCAUUUUAGUGCACAUCGGAGGAUACAUACAGGAGAGAGACCCCAUGUGUGUGUCGACUGUGGAAAGAGUUUCAGUAAGAGUUCUGAUUUACGUGCACAUCAUAGAACCCAUACAGGAGAGAAACCCUAUGGGUGCCAUGAUUGUGGCAAAUGCUUCAGUAAAAGCUCUGCCCUCAAUAAGCACCAAGAAAUCCAUACACGAGAAAAGCUUCUGUCAAAAUCAGCACCUGAGUAAGCCCCUGGGGAUAUAUAAAGGAAAGAGCUUCAAUAAAUGUAUUCCUUGGAAAGUCUUCCAAUAGUGAGAUCCAUCUCCUAUUCUGUGCCCAUCUAGCUUAGGAAAUACUCUAGGAUUUACACCACUCUUUGCUCCUCACAUUUUUCCUGGAUCUGGAGUCAAAUUCCCAAAGCACUUAUCUCAAAAAUGAAAGGAAUAUUUUAGUCCCUUUCCUUGUCUGCAUCUGAACUGAUGAAUAACACCUUUUCCCUUUCAGUGCCUGUGCUGUUCCCUUAAUAUAAGUAGAGAGAACAUGGCAGUAAAUCCAUAAAUUUGAUAGGCAUCCUUCUUUACUCAUCCUGUCACUCAGCUGCAUUUUGACUGGAAAAACCUUCACAGCAGCAUUGCAGGAAGAAGUUGUGAGAUUCUGCUCAUUAAAUGCGUCUGUCUCUUCUUACUACAAUAAUGGAAAUACUAAAAAGAAUGACUGUGCCUGCUCUCUUAAGCCUGUGUUCAGAAUGACAUAUUCGUCAGGCAUACUCUUCAUUUACCUAAAGAAGGAGAAUUUAAUGUCCAUCUUGGUUCUGCCCUUUGAAUCAUCUUGUCAAGAACCAGGUGUUCUAUGUGGGGAAACAAUGCAAACCUUAUAUAAAUAUUGAGGUGUGAA